UACGGGACGGAGGGAGUACAAUAGAAGAACUGUAAUAAUUAUGGAGGGAAAAGGAAUUUAAUUAAGAAGAAGAAGAGGAGGAGAAAAUGCCAGUAGCAAGACCGGAAUCAUCAGAUUCUAGAAUUAUCGCACACGUCGACAUGGAUUGCUUCUACGUUCAAGUGGAGCAGAGAAAGCGGCCGGAGUUGAGAGGUUUGCCCAGUGCUGUUGUACAGUAUAAUGAGUGGAAAGGUGGAGGUUUGAUUGCUGUUAGUUACGAGGCUCGAAAAUUCGGAGUCAAGCGUUCGAUGCGAGGUGAUGAAGCAAAGGAAGUUUGUCCUCAGAUUCAGCUUGUUCAAGUCCCUGUGGCACGUGGUAAAGCUGACCUAAAUGACUAUCGCAAUGCUGGUUCCGAGGUGGUGUCUAUUCUUGCAAGAAAGGGCCGAUGUGAAAGGGCGUCAAUUGAUGAAGUUUAUCUUGACCUUACCGAUUCUGCUGAAGCUAUGUUAAAAGAAACACCUCCUCAUAGCUUGGAUACAAUAGACGAAGAAGUUCUGAAAUCACAUAUUUUGGGCCUUAAGAAUGAGAAUGGAAAUGAUGCCAAAGAAAACGUGAGGGAGUGGAUUCGUAGGAGUGAUGCUGAUUAUCGAGACAAAAUGUUAGCUUGUGGGGCUAUCAUAGUUGCAGAACUUAGGAUGCAAGUUUUGGAGGAGUCUGAAUUUACAUGCUCUGCUGGUAUUGCUCAUAAUAAGAUGUUGGCCAAACUUGCUAGUGGUAUGAAUAAACCUGCACAACAAACUGUUGUACCCUUCGUUUCUGUAAAAGAAUUGCUUGAUCCAUUGCCAAUCAAGAAAAUGAAACAGCUUGGAGGGAAACUGGGCUCUUCGCUUCAAUGUGACUUGGGUGUGAAUACUGUUGGAGAUCUGCUGCAGUUUUCUGAGGAGAAGCUACAAGAUCGUUAUGGAAUUAACACUGGUACAUGGUUGUGGAACAUUGCUAGAGGCAUCAAUGGGGAAGAAGUUCAGGGGCGCCUUCUCCCAAAAAGCCAUGGUUCUGGGAAGUCAUUCCCUGGUCCUCGGGCACUAAAGACGGUUGGUUCGGUUCAACACUGGCUAGAUCAACUUUGUGAAGAGCUCAGUGAACGUCUGAGCUCUGAUUUGGAGCAAAACAAGCGGAUGGCGCACACCCUUACUCUGCAUGCUAGUGCAUAUAAGUGUGGUGACUCAGAUUCACAUAAAAAGUUUCCUUCAAAAUCUUGUCCAUUGAGGUAUGGGAUUUCCAAGAUUCAGGAAGAUGCUUUCAACCUAUGUCAAGCUGGAUUACGUGAAUAUUUGGGUGUACAUGGAAACAAGAUUCAAGGAAGUCAAAAUGGAUGGGGAAUAACAGGUCUUUCUGUUUCAGCCAGUAAAAUUGUUGAUCUACCCUCUGGAACAUGUUCAAUCAUGAAAUACUUUCAUGGUCAAUCAUGUCAAUCUCCAUUGAAGCAAACACCAGAUAACUUCAUACAAGACCCUCCACCAUCAUCCCCCUCAGGUCGUGAAAGCUCUGCGCUGCAACAAGACGCUCCACCAUCAUCCCCCUCAGGUCGUGGAAGCUCUGCGCUACAACUUCAGUAUACUGUUCCUUAUGAGGAUAAACCAAAACAGGAAAACACUGUGAGCGAAGAUCAGAAUUCAUCUUGCUCUUCACCAAAUGGAGCAAAAGAUGCUUUCAGACAUGAAACUUCACUGCCCUUGUCCUCAGUUACUGAAAGUUGCUUGGAACCCACCCGAAGUAAUUCAGAAGGAUGUAUUUCUAGAAAGGAUCCCAGGAUUAUAACACCUAGUUUCAUACACAAAGAACAGAAAAGAAAAACUUUGAGUAACAAGGGAACAAUCUUGAAUUUUUUCAAAAACUGUAAUUCCUCCUGCUCUUCAUUAGAAAUGGAGAAUCUCGACUUGGUUCAAGGUUCAGAAGCACCCCCAGUUGAGCUGAGAAAGGAGAGCCUCCUUGCAGGGUGCACAAAUGAUGGCAGGCAGAGUUCAAGUCAAAAUAUACAGAGGGAUUCAUGGAAUUACAAUAUUGAUGAGAUUGACCCGUCGGUGAUUGAUGAGUUACCACCAGAAAUUCGAGAUGAGGUUCAAGCUUGGAUUCGACCUCAGAAGCGGACUAAUGGUGUUAAACGUGGUUCUACCAUUGCCCAUUAUUUCUCUCGAAAUAAAACUACAUAAAGCAAUAAUGGGGUAUCCUACGUAUAUAGUAAGUAUCAUAUUAUGUAAAUAUAGUCCAAUUUUAGAGGAUUUUGGUUCGUUUGCUAUGGGGUAAUGAAAGUAGACUGGAGGCAUUAAAAUGUAAUUAUCUUCAGGUUAGUCCAUGUAUUUACAUUUGUAUAUACUGAUUUGAUAUUGGAAGCAUGAGUUGCCUAA